AUUCAGGAGUCCAUAAAUCUAUCUCCAAAGAAAAAAAAGGGUCCUUUCUCUGCUAGCUUCUAAUUUGCUAUCACUUCACACUUCCCACUUCCAUUCUGAGACUCUUAUCCACUGAGUAGUGAAUACCAUGAAAGCAAUCCAAUUCCGUACGCCUAGGUUGUACUAUGACACAUUUCAUCCCACAAUCCACUUCCAGAUACCAUCAUCAUCAUUAUCACUCCCUAAACCAAUGAUCUCCCGCUGCAGCAUAGUCCAGUCUCACCACCCCAAUUUCACAAUCUCAUACCUAAUUGACUCAUGUGGUCUCUCUCCAGACACAGCUGCUCUUACUUCCCAAAAGCUUCACCUUCCUUCUGCUGAAAGACCAGACUCUGUUCUCACCCUUCUCAGGGAGCAUGGUUUCACAGAUACCCAGAUUUCAAACCUCAUCAGAAAACGCCCAUUGCUCCUCUUAGCAAACCCAGAUAUCCUCUUGCCAAAGUUUCAAUUUUUCCUCUCCAUUGGGAUUUCCAAUACCAACCUCGCAAGAACCCUAACCGCUGACCCAACCCUUUUGACUCGGAGCUUGGAGAAACAGAUCAUACCCUCUUACAAUUUCCUUAAGAGUGUGUUGAUUUCUGAUGAAAAGGUUGCAGCUUCAUUGAAGCGCACAUCUUGGGUCUUCCUUGAGGAUCACAAGAAGAAUCUCGUACCAAACCUCAAUCUCCUAAAAGAGAUGGAUGUUCCUGAAUCAUGUGUUACGCUGUUGCUGACUCAUUUCCCGGAGGCAUUGAUGCAGAAAAAGGAAAACUUUGCAAAGCUUUCUAAGGAGAUUAAAGAAAUGGGGUUUAAUCCAAAAAAGACAACUUUUGUGUUGGCCAUUCAUGUGCUCUCAGGUGAGGGUAACAAAUCCAUAUAUAACCGCUGUUACGAGGUUUAUAAGAGGUGGAGUUGGUCAGAUGAUGACAUCCUUACGGCAUUCAAGAAGCACCCACAUUGUAUGAUACUUUCAGAGGAUAAGAUAAUGAAGACAAUGGAUUACUUGGUGAAUAAGAUGGGUUGGCCUUCAGGGAUGAUUGUUAGGUGCCCAGUGGUGUUGUUUUUCAGCUUGGAGAAGAGGAUUAAACCUAGGUGCUCUGUUGCUAAGGUUUUGUUGAUGAAGGGAUUGAUUAAGAGGAAGUUGAGCUUGUCCACUUUGCUGUUGCCUGAUGAGGACAGUUUCUUGGAGAAGUAUGUGAUCAAGUAUGAGCUGCAGGUGCCUCAGUUGUGGAGUGUGUAUCAGAAAAAGUUGGAUUUUAUGAGUGUGAUUUGAUUUGAGUUUGCAGAUAGCUAUUGCCCGUAUUCUAAUCUUGUCUUAAAUUUUUACAUGAUUAAUAGAAGUUUACAUAAUGUGGCCUUGCCUAUUUUUUUUUUUGGCA